CCGAUUGCCAUCUUGGAAACUGUUCCCACAGGGUUCCAAGACGUGGGCGCCCCUGUUAUCGAUAGCGAGCUUGUCAAAGCCCUCGGGCGACAGAUCCCUGUCGCCACCAUAAUUCUCCUUCUUGAGCACAUCGCCAUUGCCAGAUGUAAGUCACUAAUCAUCUGA